GAAGGAAGCGGGGGGAGGGGGGGAGAUGUUCUAUCACACUCACUAGUGGACAAAUGGGAGAAUUCAAACAGGUUGGGCUGGAGGUCUGGAGGGUCAGAUAAUAGGAUUGAGACGAGGACGGGGACCCUUGGCUCGAGUUAUCCACUGAGGAACCUCUUCCUGCGUGUUGUUCUACAGAAGCCCCUCUUCGGGAAGCCCCGCGCGCGUCAUCCACCCGCAGUCCGCCUCUCUGAGGGCGGGGCCGGGUUGGGUCAAGAAGGCUCUUCACUGAGCUGAGACUGAGAGGGACACGCGGGUACCAACUAAAGAAAAUAGGCCCCUACUACCAGAGGCCAACCAGGCACAGGGUUCCAUUAAUAUAGCCUAACUGUCCUGGGGCAGCUCCACCUCCGGUUGGGUGGGCAGCAAAGGCCCGCGGCCAGAGCCUCUCAAGAACUGCAUCCAUCCUGGAGCGUCCCCCUACUCAGCUGCCCCUCUGCCCAGCCUCCAGUUGCGCCCACCCUUGUGCUGCGGUUUCGCCAGUACAAUUGGCUAGGGCGGGAACAGGUCUCUGCUCACAAAGUCAGAACGAGCCCCGCCCCGCCUUCCCACCAGUAGGAACUUGACCACCCGCCCCCCGCCGCCACCGAAAGACCCUAGCUGGGAUGAGGAACGCUAGUGCCAACGUCCGUACGCUCUCUUUCGCCUGCCAAGGAAACACCCCAAUAGGCCACCGCCACCAGCUGGCCCGGGCAGCAGCGGGUGACAACCGCGCUGCACCCACGCUCCUGAGCCGGGAUCCGCCUCUGUUCCUGCCGGCACCCGGGAAAGCCCACCCAUCCUCUGCACUAACCUGGCGGCCUGGGCCCAGCCGGGAUUCCCACGCCCGCCCUGCUCCACUGGACUAGGCUGCUUCCGGGUGUGCGCGGAGCGCAGGGGCGGCGCCCCAGCCGGAGCAGCCCCGUCAGCCCGGGCGUCCCGCCCCCCGUGCUCCCUGUGACUCCUUCCCUCCCACUGUCCUCAGGCGCCAGUCCACAGCCUCUGGGCAAAGCCCCCUUGGUCCGUUGAGCAGGCAAGAACCGCUGUUAGCACGGAGCUCCCACCCCGCCCACGGUCAUGACAGAGCCUGGAGAGCAACUGCCAGAGGAGGUGCUGGCGCUUAUCUUUCGCCACCUGCCCCUGCGGGACCGUGCCACUGCCUCCAGGGUCUGCAGAGCCUGGGCUGCUGCUGCUACCUGCAGCGCGGUGUGGCAUGACACGAUCAUCAGUUACGACUGUGAGCGAGAAGGUACGCUGCUACCAUAUUUGUCCGCCUGCCUGGACCACGUUCACAAUCUACGGCUGGAAUUUGAGCCGUCGAGGGAGCCGAGCCGCAGGGCGGCCACUGAGUUGCUGACGGCACUGGCGGGUCGUACCCCAGGGCUUCGAAGCCUGCUCCUGAAUUGCCACGGAGAAAAGCCCCUCUUCGACGCAGGCCGCGACAUCCUGGACGCCGUGCACGCCAUCUGUCGGGCCUCCUGCGCGCUGCGUCACCUCGACCUUCGGCGCUUGCCUUUCACACUGGACGACGCACUGGUGCUGCAGGCGUCACGCGGCUGUCCCGAGCUCCGAAGCCUUUUCCUAAACAACUGUACGCUGGUGGGCAGCGUGAGGCCAGACUCCGUGCUAGAGCUACUGAAGGCCUGCCCGCGUCUGCGCGCCCUUGGGCUGCACCUGGCCAGCCUGUCGGGCACCGCCCUCCAGGUGUUAGCGGCGCCAGACCGCGCGCCUUUCGCUCACUUGGCCCUACGGUGCGCGUGCCCCGAGGACGCACGCGCGCCCCCCUUGCCCGAGGAAGCCUGGGCCGCAGUGCGCCGCCGCCACCCAAGACUGGUCGUGGAGCUGGAGCUGGAGCCAGCGCUGCCUGACGAGAGCGUGACGCGGGUCCUGCAGCCUGCCGUGCCAGUGGCUGCGCUGCGCCUCAGUCUCUCUGGGGACACCGUAGGUCCUGUGCGCUUUGCUGCGCGCCACUAUGCCUCAACCUUGCGCGCGCUGGAGGUGCGCGCCGCUGCCUCAGCGGAGUUGGACGCCGCGCUGGAGUUGCUGGCUGUGCGCUGCUCGGACCUGCGCGAAGUACACUGCUUCUGCGUCGUGCGACCCUCCGUGCUGCACGCCUUCCGCGCGCACUGUCCGCGCCUGCGCAGCUACACGCUCAAACUAACCCGGGAGCCACAUCCCUGGCUGCCCACUCUUGUGGCGUGAUGGCGUAGCCGCC